GUUUAUUGUUGUGCAACUCCUCUUGAGAGUUGCUGUGUAGAGUAGAAGUAGGGCCUAUUUCUAUACGGCAUUAAUUGACUUUAUAGUAUAUUGUUUUAUAUGUCUGUUAGCUAUUGUCAUAUUAGUAACCGGUUUUUUUUUUUAUUGAAGAAUAAAUGUAUGUAUUGUAAUGUACAUCGCCAUACAGUGUUGUGAGACCCAAACAGCAAUAGAAUCUAGGCAUUAGCCUAUGUGUGUACCUGCUUUUAUUGUUACUAUGUAAUCUGGACAUUGGUAAAACAUGGGAAACUUUUCAAGUCGGCAGACCGAGCAAACGACUGAUGAGGAUGACUUGGAAGAUAACCCUCUUUACGAUGAACCAAUAAACUUUAAUAACACGUGUUUGCGGCUAGACAGUCAAGGUGAUCAUCAUGAAAAGAAAGAGGAAGUUCCGGAACAUGUACUCACCGGCGUUAUCACCGGAAGAGUUUACUCAAGCAGUUCCAAUGACAGUUCAGAUGAUUCCGAUGAUACAGCAUCAUCUGAAAAAGAAAACAGAAGCAGUCAACAGCUGCGCGGGAAGAGGAUCCCAGCCGCAGGGAAUUUCCCCACUGUGAAUAAAGACUUGGAUAAACAUGUUGGCGAAUAUGAUAACGGAUUAUUAGAGAAAGAGGAAGGUGUGGCGUGGGAGGUUGACGUUUCUGAUUUUACUAAAGAUACAAGGAAGAUUGUUCCAGCAAAGAUACCGAAAGGUCGCAAACGAGAAGAACAGUGGAAAAAAGUGCGAGAUAAAUUUUCCGAGCCUUAUAUGCCGCCCUCAGUGACUGCAACAGCCGAGGAUAUCUCCCAACGUAAAGUUCUUGAUCAGAAGCGAUGGUUCUGUAUCAGUCGUCCGCAGUACAGCAAGUCCUGUGGAAUGUCUUCGCUAGUUUCCUGUUGGAAUUAUAUGUUCAGUACACUUGGGUUUGGAAGCCUUCGGCCGAUAACACAAGAGGAAGCAUUGACUGUGUUUGGAUUUAAACCCCCAUUCAACGAUAUUCGAUUUGGACCCUUCACUGGUAAUGCAACUCUUAUGAGGUGGUUCAGACAACUGAAUGAUCAUUUUGGUGUACGAGGGCGCUGUCACUACUUGUACAAGCCUCACGGUAAAGGUCGUACAAUGGGUAGGACGUCUGACGAAGCACUGAGAAUGCUAAAGAAUGGUUUGAGGGAUACAAAUACAACGUUUAUCUAUCAUUGCCAGAACCAUUACUUUUGUCCAAUAGGAUUUGAGGAUGUACCUAAGAAGGCUAUAGAUGCAUUUAGAGGAGAUUUGACGAAUGAAGAUGUCGAAACCUGGAUUUUGGUUGGGGAUCCAAGCCGCAAGCACCCAGGUUUACACUGUUUCAGAUGGGAAGACAUCUCUGCUGAUUUGAACUGUCAGUCUCCAGACUUCAUCAACAUCAGGAAAUUACAUCUUGGCAGACAGGUGCGUAAGACAAAGAAGGUAGGAGGCAACCUGCAUUGCAUCAUGGCUUUCCAGAGGAGCUUCUUCCAAGGAGGGGCUGGUACUGAAGGAGCUGGAGGAGAAAAACAUAUUACUAAGAUCAUUGAGAAUGAUGGAGGAGGUGAUAGGAGAAUUGGGAAUGGCAAGAAGCUGCCCAUUGAAGAUGUGGAACACAUUGAAGAAUCUGAAGAAAGCAGAUCGAGGGAUGUUUCUGACGAUUCUGGAGAAGUUGAUUUACCACAUAAAUUGAGUGAUGUACCAUGUGAAUUAAGUGAUGUACCAUGUAAGUGAGCAAUGUACCAUGUGCAUUAGUGAUGUACCAUGUACUGUAAGUAAGCGAUGUACCGGGUGCAUGAGUGAUGUACUAUGUAAGUGAGUGAUGUACUGUAUGCAUGAGUGAAGUACCAUGUGAAUGAACGAUUUAACCUCUUAAUUAUGUACAGUGUAAAUUCAGCAGCGUACCAGGCAAAUUAAAAGGUGUAUCAUGUGAGUAAUGGACCAUGCAAAUUGAGUGAUGUACCAUGUGAAUUGAGUGAUGUACCAUGUGAAUUGAGUGAUGUACCAUGUGAAUUGAGUGAUGUACCAUGUGAAUUGAGUGAUGUACCAUGUGAAUUGUGUGAUGUACCAUCCAAAUUGAGUGAUGUACCAUGCAGAGUGAGCGAAGUACCAUGCAAAUUAAGUGGUAUACCAUGCAAAUGGUGUGAUGUGCCAUGCAAAUGAGUGAUGUACCAACCAUGUGAAUUGAGCGAUGUACAGUAUUAUUUAAAGUGAGUCAUGUGCCAUGCAAAUGAGUGAUGUGCCAUGCAAAUUAAGUGAUGUACAACUAUGCAGUGAUUUACCAUGUGAGUUGAAUGAUGAACCAACCAUGUGAAUUGAGUGAUGUACCAUCCCAAAUGGGUGAUAAAUGAUUCAAAGAAAUUUAGAGAAAUGGUGGUGGAUUCAUAUAAAAAGUAUGCGAAAGAAUGCUUAGUGAAUUUGUACUGCUGCUGAGGAAUAUUAUUAUUCACCUGAAAUGUUACUAAUUUACUUAUUGUAUUAUGGGAAGGAAAGCAUAAGAAACGUGUGUCCUUUACAUACUCCAUUGAACAUACUCCAUUAGUUACCUAUGCAAUAUCAAUAGUUUGAACUUGCCUUCAGUAUUUUAGUGUUACUCCAAUAGUUAUAGAAAAGAGUAUAGAACUGCAAUUCUAUACUUUUUGAGUUUAGUAAUGCCAGUUGUCCAAAUAUACAGUAGUUGGUUAUAGAUUUUGUAUUUUUCAUAUUUUUAAGGUAAAAAAUGCUGAAUUUAAAAGUCUGCUGCUAACAAUACUUUAGUAUCUUCUGCACUUAGAAUCUUAGACCAGUGGCGGAGUUUUUCUGCUGGGGUGGCAAUCAAGGUCCUAAUGCUCAAAACAAACAGAACCUCAGAUAGAGAAAAAGGUUGUUUCUUACUUAUUGGGGAUGGGGAUGUGGCACUGAAAGCUUUAUAGUUUUAGCCAUUUUAAUUUCUUAAUAGUUUGUGGAGGUGGGUUGAGGGUUUGGAGAUGACGCACACCUUUUUUUCCACUUCCUGCAUCUGCCACUGUUGACAAUGCUGUACCGCAUUAUCAGACACAAUAUAAUCAAACAUUGUCUGUCAAAGUUUAUGAUUUCGGGCAUUUCUCAUACAGCAACCAUCACCAAGUCCUUAAAAAAUGGGGAAAAUAACAGCAAAGCAUCAUGUAUAGCUAUAUAAAGGUUAGUUUAGUGCAAUAAAAUAGAUUUUAAAAGUGUUGAUGUUCCAGCAGGUUUUGGCCAUUGUCUCUGAAACACGACGAGUUACUGGUUUGGCUUUUCUUUGCCACAUUUAUUGCUUAUUAAGAGAUAAAAACUUGCAUAUAUAAUAUAGGCACACCUUUUCAAAUGAUGUACAGUGCAUACAUAGAGUUGUGCUUGUGGUACUUGUGAUAAUGUUCAAAUCCAGACAUAGACCGUAGAUAAGGUUUAUGGUUUAGGGGAAAACUACAUAGACAAACGGAAAUAUGGUAUUCUCUCUCAAAAAAUGAUAACCCCUUUUGAAAAUGAAAAGAAAUAUCGGCCCUUCUACCCUGUUCAAAAAACCUUGCAAUGAUGCAAACAUUCAAUAAUACAGUAUUAGAUUUUGGAGAAAAAAAUGUUGGUAUAUGUAACUUGUCAUUAUUAUAGGUCUAUGAGUGUACUAAUUUGUUUACUCUGCUUGAUGAUGUUGGUUACAUAUUAAUGAUAACUUAAUGGUCUAGGUCCGUUGCCACCUGGCCCUUGCCACCUGCCCAUUUACCACCCGGCC